GCUUGGCUGUUCCGAGUGAUCUUUCCAUGCCUGACUGCUUGGCUCUGGUUCAAGAGCUCUGCUAUAUGUGUGUGUCCUUGUAAGGGUCCCGACUAGACGAGAAUCAACAAGCUCAACAGAGAGCAGCGUCCGACAUGAAGCAUUUACUGAGUAUUUCCCGGCUAGCCUCCCGGGCCUUCAGCACAACAGUCCGGCAAAUGAAAAACAAGGUGCCUGAGAGGCAGAAGGUUUUCCUGGAGGAUAACGGUCUGCCAGUCCACAUUAAGGGAGGCACCACUGAUGUGCUUCUGUACCGUUUGACCAUGACCAUCACAAUAGUAGGCACUGGCUUUUCCUGCUACUGGUUGCUGGUGGCCUCUAUGCCCAGGAGAAAAGCAUAAUACCUUGGAUACUGCAUGAUGCUGUACAAAUCUAUUUCAUUUUAAAUAUCUUAAACAAUAAAACACAUGUAAGAAAGAGGAAUA